UUUUUUUUGAUAUUUGACAGUAUGCAGUAUGACAGCUGUCGACACUUCCUCUUCUAGUGGUUUUCAAUUUCAAUGGGUGCUGUUCGGAAUAUUCAAAUAUUCAUAUGAAGUUAAUACAUAAAAUAAGAUGUACUGAGAAAAACGUAUACAGCGACCUGAAACUUGAGUAGCACGGAAUGCUGGGGUGUACUCUAUUUGAAACGUUUCAGAAUUCGUAAAUGGGAUGAAUGAAGGAGACCUACUCAGAAGAUCAGCUGAAGAGCGAGAGAAAAUAUUUCUUCGAUAUGAACAAGGCAGAGAGGGGGCAGAAAUUGAUCCGUGGGAAGACCCUGGCUUUGAGGUAUACCACGCAACAGAUCGGUAUGGUUUUAUUCAUGACAAACGAUUACCAUCCAAAGUGGACCCGCAGGAAGCAAAAAAGCUCCAAAUAGAAGUCGAACGUCAAAAAAAGUGGCUCAAAAUGCUCAAGAACUGGGAUAGUUCUGUUGUCAAAGAGAAGCUGCAUAAUCGUGUGUAUAAAGGCAUUCCAAAUUCUUUAAGAACUGAGGCGUGGUGUAAAUUAUUGCAAGUCGAAAAAUACAAGAAAGAAAACAGAGGCAAAUAUGGUGAAAUGAUGAAGUUGGCCAGAAAAUAUUCAACUGAUGCUAGACAAAUAGAUUCAGAUGUAAAUAGACAAUUUAGAGAGCAUUUGCAUUACAGAGAAAGGUACAGUAUCAAACAACAGUCGCUCUUCAAUGUCCUGACGGCCUAUGCAAUGUAUAAUUCAGAAGUUGGAUAUUGUCAAGGUAUGUCCGGUUUGGCUGGUGUGUUGCUCAUGUACAUGGACGAGGAAGAUGCAUUUUGGGCCGUACACAUCCUGUUAACUAGUCCAAAAUAUGCCAUGCAUGGACUGUACAAAGAGGGCUUCCCUAAACUAACCAGAUUUCUUGCCCAUCACGAUCGAAUUUUAAUGAAACUUUUGCCAAAAAUUAAAAAGCAUUUUGAUAAACACGGCCUAGAUGCGAUAUUAUAUUCUUUGAAGUGGUUUUUUGUCUGCUUUAUAGAGAGGGUUCCAUUUAAUUUGUGUCUGCGCAUUUGGGAUAUUUACCUUUUAGAUGGUGAGAAGGUUAUAACAGCAAUGGCUUAUACAAUACUCAAGUUACAUAAACGACAACUGUUGAAACUCAAUGAUAUGGAUUCAAUAGUUAAUUUCAUUCAGGUAAAAUUAUACAAAGACUUCUUGUACGAUGAAGACUCUGUUGUACGUCACCUCGAAACGUCAAUGGACGAAUUGAAGAGAUACAAGCUCGAUCUACCCGGUCCGCCAACCAAAGAUGAACUACCGAUUGGACCAUUCGGAGUUUUCAAAGAGCCCACCUUCGAACAAAUGGUCGGAAUAAGAAAAGAGGCGUUUACAGAGAAAGAAAAAGAAACCAAUGAGAUAGUGACACUGACCAGUGAAGCAGCGAAGGAGGCUGCCGAGAAAGAUAGGGAAUGUCAGCUAUCAGUAGGAGAUUCAGUCGGCCUCACAGGUUCUAAGUUUUCCUUCGAUCCCAGCAUAGAUGACGCAAGUUCCUUACUAGAAUGUGACCAUACAGGUUCGAGGCGCUCCUUGGCUGAUACAAGCGUAACGUCCACAGCAGACCUCUCGGUUUUUUCCACGAUAACGAGAUCUCAGGCACACGAAAACAGCCUAGACACUCACAGCAAUAUGUCUGACAACUCCGUAGGUGGCGCUAGUUCGGUUGGCUCCGGCAUAGGGGCGACAAGUAGCCUCCAAAGAGGGGUGAGUAGUCAGUCGACACCGCGAGCGACCCCGCACAACCCUAGUCCAGACGUACUGAGGAUAUACGUUCCCUACUCGCCACUUGAUACUCCUAUUGCCAGUCCCCAUAAUGGCGAUUUGCAAAAAGUGCCGUGUUCGUUUCUAGACGCGAAUAAGAUACGAAUCAAGAUCGAUAAUGAUGAUAUGCCGACACCUCUUGUUGAACAUGGACAAAUAAAAAAUUUUAGGUUAGAAAGCCCGAUCGAUUUGAAAUAGUGACGAUAAUUCAUAUUAGAUAGUAGAAUCUCCAUAUACGUAACCUGUUUGAAGUGACAAACUACAGUUUUACCAGCUCACUUGAAUUUUUGUACUGGUUCAGAACAAGCACGUUUCUUACUCUCCAGAUAUGCGAUACUCUUCUCGACGCGCGUUUCACAACUAAGUUGGCGUCAUCAGGAGAUGAAGAACAGUGAUUGUUUUGGAUUUAUUCUAAGCCAGAGUUUUCAGUUUUGGUUUUCAAUAUCCACGAUAAGUUGAACAAUUUUCAUACUACGCACUUUAUUCAAGAAGCAUUUUACUAUACCGUAGCUUCUUCAGUUGAACUGGUACUUGAAACUAUUUUAAAAUUAAUUUUAUACAAAUUACAGAACUCAAUUAGUAAUCAUUAAUUACACUGGUCUACAGUGGUUUUGUUGCCCUAGAUAUAAGAUUGAUUUUGGGUGUAUUUAUACUCACAAUUCAUGAAAUUAUCAAUGGUUUUGUAAGA